AUGCCUCCAAAACAAGUCCGUGGCGGCAACGUCCAAGUCGCGCAGCCCAACUACGCGCAAUCCAUCUACCGCACCGUCACAUCAUCAGAGAACCGAGGCGUUAUAACAGCCGCUGGUCUAUUCGUUGCCGGCGUCGCAUUCCUCCACAGCAGCUUGAGCGAGUUCAUAGUGCCAGCCUAA